AUGCCACAUGCUACAAAGAGCGCGGGCUCUGAUGCCCAGGAAGAUGCAGAGUUUGAAAAUGUGAUGCGACAGCUGAACAAUCUCGAGAGUAAUCAGGACUUUGAGUUCAUGAGCCGAGACUUGGAUGUUGGAGAGAAAGCGGACGAUGCGGUUGAUUACGAAGAUUUCGAUGAUGACGAACUCCCCGAGGAAGAAGAUGCGUCCGUGCCGACGCGUCUACCACCUACCGAUACCGCCGCGCCGGACCCGUUAUUUGCGGACCUAGGACCUGAUGAUGGUCUCUUUGGACCAGAGGAUGACAUAUUUGGUGAUGGCGGCGAUGAUGCCACUCAGGACCAGGGAGAUAAUCUUGAUGAUCUUUUUGGAGAUGAGCCUACAUCUCCUCCACCUGGUGAUCAGGUUGACCACACCCAGGGCCUCUUUGAAGAUGAGGAACCGUCCUUGUCAACCCAGCCAAUUGAGCUGCCUUCUAUCCCUGCAGAGCCUGAACCUCAGUCCCAGGCAAUGUCAGUAGAUGAUGAAUUCGCCGAUGAUGAAAGUGUUCUCUCUGAGGAGAUGGAUGCAACGACUCUUCGUGCUUGGAAGCUUCAGCAGGCAUUGUUUGCCAUGUCAGGAACUGGCCCAGAUCACCCACCAGCACCGCCAGAGAAUAGCGAAGAACUUCUGCACUCUCUGUUUCCCAGUUUUGACCGCAACACUCUCCCCCGAUGGCUAGAACUGAUUCCUCACAAGAAGGCAUACUUUCGGGGUAAGCCGCCUCUGAAGGUUCCAAAGCCAGUGCUUCCAACAAAGGUCAAUAUCGAGUUGGCUCCCGAUCAGGAGCGAUUCUUUAGAACCGGCCAGCCCAACAAACGUGGUCUCGACCAAGAGUCCAUGGGACUAGUCAUCAUUACCGAGGCUGCCCAGGAAGAAGAACAAGAAAGCAAAGAUGAUUCCGAAGCUGCUGAAGCGGAUUCUGAUGAAACUCUUCCGGGAGGGUUUACUAUGCAUGACCUUCGAAUACUUUCCACCACUUGGGAUAUCAAGGAUGAGGAUCCCUCGAUGUGGGAGCCCGAGGAGCCACGCGCUCAGCCACAAGCCCGCGACAUAUUUGAUGAUGACGAGCCGGAUUGGCUUAUCAACGCGGAUCACCCUUCGAAGAAACGGAAAACAGGACCAACACCAAUGGACGUCAUUGCUCUGGCACAUCGUGAUAUUCCCAUACUAGAUGAUCCUGAGCUAGUCACUAAGCGAGUUGCCAAACGAGUCACCAUCGAUAUGAACGAUCCCAAUAUUCUAGUUGAAGAACGACAACUGGAAUCCAUCAUCAAUAAACCAAAACACACCAUCCCGCGCACCAGAGACGAAAUGGACACUAACUUGACCCGUCGUCUAACUCAGCGCUACAACAUCUCAAACGACCAAGCAUAUGAUAUGCUCAAACAAAACCAUCAGAACAAGAUUCGGAGCACGCUUGGCAAUGUUACUCUUGAGCAUGCUAUGCCAGCUCUGCGCUUGCAAUGGCCUUACUACAAGACAGAACUGGGCAAAACCGAAGCUCGAUCUUUCCAUCGGCCUGCUAUGGUCUUUCGCAAUGGCCAAACAUCAUGGUUCAAAAACCCUCUACACAUCAAACGCAAACAACAAAAAGGCAAGGACGCAAAGGCACUGUAUGGAUCCACGAGUUCUCUAUCUUUGGCAGAUAACUCGAAUGUUCUUUUGGUGGAAUACUCUGAAGAAGUUCCUAUGUCACUGUCCAACUUCGGCAUGUGCAACCGUUUCAUCAACUAUUAUCGAAGAAAGAAUCCAGAAGAUCCUACCCGUCCCCGAGCAGAGAUCGGAGAAACAGCUGUUCUCCUUCCACAGGACAAGAGUCCUUUCUCCAUUUUUGGACAUGUGGACCCUGGAGAGAUUGUACCUGCAGUCUCCAAUUCAAUGUACAGAGCACCACUCUUCCCACAUCAAGCCAAGUCCACAGAUUUCCUUGUGGUCCGAAACACCACUCAGUCCAAAGGCAGCAACUAUUAUCUGCGCAACAUAGAGAAUUUGUUCGUUGCUGGACAGCAAUUCCCAUCUGUCGACAUUCCUGGUCCCCACUCACGAAAGGUCACGACUGUCGCAAAGAAUCGCAUGAAGAUGCUUGUCUAUCGUCUUCUCAAAAAGAAUAGCGAGGAGCGCCUCGCCAUUAGUGAUGUCACGGCUCAUAUUCCAGGCACGACUGACAUGCAAAAUCGACAGAAGGUGAAGGACUUCCUUCAGCAUGAUAAAGACACCAAGUAUUGGAAACCUUUGGACCCGGUUCUUCCGGACCAAGAUACCAUCAGAUCUUGGGUUCAACCAGAGGAUGUCUGUCUUCUUGAGUCGAUGCAAGUGGGCCAACAACACCUUAACGACACUGGUUUUGGCGGCGAAGCUGAAAAUGCGAACGAUAACGACGAAGAUGAGGAAAGUGAAAGCUUCGAGCAGCAGAUGGCUCCCUGGAAGGCUAGUCGUAACUUUUUGUUGGCUUCUCAGGGUAAAGCUAUGCUCAAGCUUCAUGGUGAAGGUGAUCCUACCGGUCGUGGCGAGGGUUUCAAUUUCAUCAAGACGUCUAUGAAAGGUGGCUUCAAAGCAAUCGGUGAGAGUGUUGAGGACAAACUGGAUGCACAGCGACUCAAAGAGCUUGGUGGCCAUAGCUAUAAUGUUGCCCGUCAACAAAAGUCAUACGAGACCUCUAUUCGACGAAUCUGGGAUUCGCAGAAAGCAAGUCUUUCCUCGACUGUCGAACACUCCGAUCAAGAGAGCGAUGUCGAUCAGGGAGAUGAAGAGGAGUUCAACAAGCCCACUCCCCGUUCCGAGGCACCAACUCCAGCUCCUUACCGUCGCGAUGAUGAGACAACCAGUCAAUUCAGCAAGAUGAGUUUCGCCAGCCAGAAGGGUAAGGUCUUGCGUAUCACCCGCCAGUUCAAGGCUCCGAAUGGUGAAAUUGUGCAGAAAGAGCAGCUGAUCUGGGACCCACGAGUCAUCCGACACUACAUACAGCACCGUCACCGCUCUGAAGCCCUCACUACCAAAUUGGACUCUCUACAACCAACCGGUGAUCCUGAGGUUGAUGCUCGGAACCGCAAAUUGAUCGAGGCCGAGUUGAGCCGUCUGAACCGUAACAAGGAGCGUCGUUUUGCCCGUGAGAAACAGAAGGGUAUUACUCGCGCCGGCGAUUCCCCUGCUGAUGGCAAGCCUACUGGAACUCUGCGAAAAUGUGCCAACUGUGGUCAAGUUGGACAUAUCAAGACGAACAAGAAGCUUUGUCCAUUGCUCAAUGGUACGAUGAAGCCUGAGGACCGAGUCACCGACUCUGCUUUCUCCAUGAGCGCACCUGUUCUGUAA